AUGAGGCUUCCAAAAGAUGGGGCCGCCGGGGGUUGGCAUAAACUUAGGGACCAAGCUGAUAGCUUUUGUUCUGCGGAAAAUGCUUUCCAAUGCCUUCAACCUCUUCUCGCGCAAGAAGUAAGUACUGAGUCCAUUUUCUACCAAUCAAUGGCUGACAUCACAAGGACUCACCAUUGA